AUGGCUGUGACUCUGGAUAAAGAUGCUUAUUACCGGCGAGUGAAGAGACUGUACAGCAAUUGGCGGAAAGGAGAAGAUGAAUAUGCUAACAUUGAUGCCAUUGUUGUAUCAGUGGGUGUUGAUGAAGAAAUUGUUUAUGCCAAGUCAACUGCCUUACAGACAUGGCUCUUUGGUUACGAACUAACAGAUACUAUCAUGGUCUUCUGUGAUGACAAAAUCAUUUUUAUGGCCAGCAAAAAAAAAGUGGAGUUCUUGAAACAGAUUGCCAACACCAAGGGCAAUGAGAAUGCUAAUGGAGCCCCUGCCAUCACAUUGCUGAUACGAGAAAAGAAUGAAAGUAAUAAAAGCAGCUUUGACAAAAUGAUUGAAGCCAUUAAAGAAAGCAAGAAUGGCAAGAAGAUUGGAGUGUUCAUCAAAGACAAAUUCCCUGGAGAGUUCAUGAAGAGCUGGAAUGACUGCCUCAACAAAGAGGGCUUUGACAAGGUAGAUAUCAGUGCAGUUGUGGCCUAUACCAUUGCUGUAAAGGAGGAUGGGGAGCUCAACCUAAUGAAGAAAGCAGCUAGCAUCACCUCUGAGGUCUUCAACAAAUUCUUCAAAGAAAGAGUCAUGGAAAUAGUUGAUGCAGACGAGAAAGUUCGACACAGCAAACUGGCUGAAUCUGUGGAAAAGGCCAUUGAAGAGAAAAAGUACCUAGCUGGGGCAGACCCCUCUACUGUGGAAAUGUGUUAUCCUCCUAUCAUUCAGAGUGGUGGCAACUAUAAUCUCAAGUUCAGUGUGGUGAGUGAUAAGAAUCACAUGCAUUUUGGUGCCAUCACUUGUGCUAUGGGUAUUCGUUUCAAAUCUUACUGCUCCAACCUUGUUCGCACUUUGAUGGUUGACCCCUCUCAGGAAGUUCAAGAAAAUUACAACUUUUUGCUCCAGCUUCAAGAGGAGCUGCUAAAGGAAUUAAGACACGGUGUGAAGAUAUGUGAUGUUUAUAAUGCUGUCGUUGACAUGGUUAAAAAGCAGAAGCCAGAACUGUUGAACAAAAUUACUAAAAACCUAGGGUUUGGAAUGGGAAUUGAAUUCCGUGAAGGCUCCUUAGUAAUUAAUAGUAAAAAUCAGUAUAAACUGAAGAAAGGAAUGGUUUUCAGCAUCAAUUUGGGCUUCUCAGACCUAACUAACAAGGAAGGGAAGAAACCAGAAGAGAAAACCUAUGCCCUAUUCAUUGGUGACACAGUUCUUGUGGAUGAGGAUGGUCCAGCCACUGUUCUCACUUCCGUGAAGAAGAAAGUAAAGAAUGUGGGGAUUUUUCUAAAGAAUGAGGAUGAAGAAGAAGAGGAAGAGGAGAAAGAUGAGGCUGAAGACCUUUUGGGAAGAGGUUCACGGGCAGCAUUACUUACAGAAAGAACACGAAAUGAGAUGACUGCAGAAGAGAAGCGAAGAGCACAUCAAAAAGAAUUGGCAGCUCAACUCAAUGAGGAAGCAAAGAGGCGACUGACUGAACAGAAAGGAGAACAGCAGAUUCAGAAAGCUCGAAAAUCUAAUGUGUCCUAUAAAAACCCAUCUUUGAUGCCUAAGGAACCACAUAUUCGGGAAAUGAAGAUCUAUAUUGAUAAGAAAUAUGAGACUGUAAUAAUGCCUGUGUUUGGCAUAGCAACGCCUUUUCACAUUGCCACAAUUAAGAAUAUAAGUAUGUCGGUGGAAGGAGAUUAUACUUACUUGAGAAUUAACUUCUAUUGCCCAGGCAGUGCUCUGGGCAGGAAUGAAGGCAACAUUUUUCCUAACCCAGAAGCCACUUUUGUCAAGGAAAUUACAUACCGAGCUUCAAAUAUGAAGGCACCUGGAGAACAGACAGUACCAGCCUUGAACCUUCAGAAUGCUUUCCGGAUUAUAAAAGAGGUACAGAAGCGUUAUAAGACACGGGAAGCAGAAGAGAAAGAGAAGGAGGGCAUUGUGAAACAAGACUCCCUGGUGAUCAAUCUAAACCGGAGUAACCCCAAACUAAAAGAUCUAUACAUUCGGCCAAACAUUGCCCAAAAAAGGAUGCAAGGUUCACUGGAGGCCCAUGUCAAUGGUUUCCGCUUCACAUCUGUUCGAGGAGACAAAGUGGAUAUUCUGUACAAUAACAUCAAGCAUGCAUUGUUCCAGCCCUGUGAUGGAGAAAUGAUUAUUGUCUUGCACUUUCACCUCAAGAAUGCCAUCAUGUUUGGGAAAAAGCGGCACACAGAUGUACAGUUUUACACAGAAGUGGGAGAGAUCACCACGGAUUUGGGAAAACAUCAACAUAUGCAUGACCGAGAUGACCUCUAUGCUGAGCAGAUGGAACGAGAAAUGAGGCACAAACUGAAAACUGCCUUUAAAAAUUUCAUUGAGAAAGUAGAGGCUCUAACCAAGGAGGAACUGGAAUUUGAAGUGCCUUUUAGGGACUUGGGGUUUAAUGGAGCGCCCUACAGAAGUACUUGCCUCCUUCAGCCCACUAGUAGUGCGCUGGUAAAUGCUACAGAAUGGCCACCUUUUGUGGUGACAUUGGAUGAAGUUGAGCUGAUUCACUUUGAGCGGGUUCAGUUUCACCUGAAGAACUUUGAUAUGGUAAUAGUCUACAAGGACUAUAGCAAGAAAGUGACGAUGAUAAAUGCCAUUCCUGUUGCCUCUCUUGACCCCAUCAAGGAAUGGUUGAAUUCCUGUGACCUAAAGUAUACAGAAGGAGUACAGUCCCUCAACUGGACUAAAAUCAUGAAGACUAUUGUUGAUGACCCUGAAGGCUUCUUCGAACAAGGUGGCUGGUCGUUCCUGGAGCCUGAGGGUGAGGGUAGUGAUGCUGAGGAAGGGGAUUCAGAGUCUGAAAUCGAAGAUGAGACUUUUAAUCCUUCAGAGGAUGACUAUGAAGAAGAAGAAGAGGACAGUGAUGAAGAUUAUUCAUCAGAAGCUGAAGAAUCAGACUAUUCCAAGGAAUCAUUGGGCAGUGAAGAAGAGAGUGGAAAAGACUGGGAUGAAUUAGAGGAAGAAGCCCGAAAAGCGGACCGUGAAAGCCGUUAUGAGGAGGAAGAAGAACAGAGUCGAAGUAUGAGCCGGAAAAGGAAGGCAUCUGUGCACAGCUCAGGCCGUGGCUCUAACCGUGGUUCCAGACACAGCUCUGCACCCCCCAAGAAAAAGAGGAAGUAA